AUGGCAAAGCUCACCGCCGCCCUGACGGUCCUCGUGCUGGUGGCCUGCGUAGGUCGUCCAUGCCAGGCAGGCUACGGGUAUCCCAACCCAAUGCCCUCGCCUAGUCCUCAGCCGUCGACUCCUCCACCGUACACCGCAACCGCACCUAGCCCUCCGCCGCCCACCCCGGUCACUCCAUCUGCUCCUCCACCGUAUAGCCCAAGCACAGCUACCCCUCCUCCGCCCACCCCAAUUGCCGCGUCAAGCCCACCACCCAGCACACCUAGUCCUCCGUCACCCACUCCGAGCACACCUCCCACAGGACUUGCAGUUGGUUAUUACCAGAAGACAUGCUACCGCGCAGAGAACAUUGUGAGGGAAGCUGUGCGCGGCGCCAGCAAGGGCAUCAUGGCGGGGCUCAUCCGUCUAUUCUUCCACGACUGCUUCGUCAGGGGUUGCGACGCGUCCGUGUUGCUGGAUACGGCUGACCCUAACAGUGCGACCGAGAAGUUUGGUAUCCCGAACCUGAGUCUGCGCGGCUUUGAAGUGAUCGACGCGGCCAAGGCCAGGAUCGAGAAGGAGUGUGGCAAUGUCGUGUCUUGUGCCGACAUUGUGGCCUUCGCCGGGCGUGACGCCACCUACUUCCUUAGCAAUAAGAAGGUCUACUUCGACAUGCCUGCUGGCCGCUAUGAUGGACGUGACUCUUUCAUAAACGAGACAUUGUUCAACCUCCCCCCACCUUUCGCCACCGUCGAGCAGCUCAAGGCAGGGUUUGCCUCCAAGGGCCUCAACACCGACGAAAUGGUUACCCUCUCUGGCGCACACACCAUCGGGAUUUCCCACUGCUCAUCCUUUUCUGACCGCCUCACCUCGAACUCCUCCGACAUGGACCCCACUCUGAAAAGCACUCUGCAGGCAGAGUGCCGGUCAAACUCCGGAAACGACAACACGGUCGUACAGGAUAACAAGACCCCUGACAAUCUAGACAACAUGUACUACAAGAACGUUCUCAGCCAUGAGGUUCUCUUCACGUCAGAUGCUGCGCUCAUGAUGGCGACAGACACGAGCGACGCGGUGCGUGCCAACGCUAAGGAUACAAACCAGUGGGAGGAAAAGUUCAAGGUGGCCAUGGUGAGGAUGGGUGCUAUUGAAGUCAAGACAAUUGCCAACGGUGAGAUUAGGAGAAGCUGUCGGGUCGUCAAUGCUAACUAG